GUUAAAGCUCGUGACAAGUGAAAAUUAUUUAACUUGGGACAUAAAUUUGAUAAUAACUGGUAACUCGUUUAUUAUCCUCUAUAUAAACUUCAGAUUUUCAAGACCCUAGCUGUGUAAUAAGUUUCUAAAAUUAAGAGUUUUAACUUGAUGCCGUAACCAAAUGGCUCAUAUUACCAUUCACAGCCCAUGGUUGAUUUCAAUUGUAUAGACUUGGGUGGAUUUGUUUUGCAUUUUGACUGCAUGAUAUUAUAAACUUAAAAUGGAUCAAAGAUCCUUUGGCAAAGUGGGAAAUACUGGUGGAAAGGGAUAACUCAUUUUUGGAAUGUAUUGAAAAUCUUGUAAUUUUUUUAUGAACCGAGUUCAAUUAUAUUUUGAAAUUAUCUAUGGUAGUCCAUCUGAUGUGUAUUUAAAAAAUUAACUGUUUUUCAUUCUUAACAACUAUCUUGUACUUAUUGUCAUUUUCAUGAUAUAAAUAUUCAUCUUUUAAAAAUAAUAAACUUGCAGAGAACUAUCGUUUUGGUAAUUCAUGAUUUCUUUUUUUCUAUAAUAGGUAUUUCUAAGUGAAUAUGACUUUGAAGGGGAGAUAACUAUAAGCUGGGUGGUUGACACCAUGAAUGGGUCAGCCACCAGCCGACCGGAGAGAAAUAUGACAAUAGAUACGUUUGAGAUCGAUGACUUCCAGAGAAAGGGCAAUGGUUCUGGUACAUCCAGUCCUGACGACGAUGUGAGAAACGAAACAGGUUUGACCCACCAUAAACACUUUGCUGAGACCAUCAUGGCACAGACUUCCAAAUCAAAGUCAACAAUAAAUGGAUUGGGCAGGGUAGCUCCUCGGAACAAGACCAGUGGGUUCGGCAAAGUUGGCAAGGGGUGUAGAGUUGAGAAGAAGAAGAAGAAGAAGCUGGAGAAAUGCAGGUCGAUGGAGAUGAGCCACGUUCACUUGGUAUAUUCCCAGAUGGCGCCACACCUGCAUGGCAUUCGGCACAAAGCAUGGCCCAGAGUGAAACAGUUUCUGAAAGGUCUUCAGCCGGGUUCUAUAGUAGCAGAUAUUGGCUGUGGAAGUGGGCGCUACCUGCACAUUAACAAGUCUCUAUACAAGCUGGGUUCUGACAUCUGCAUCCCGCUGGUCCAGUAUGCAAAAGAGAAAGGUCACGAGGUCAUGGUUGCUGACAACCUGAUGUUGCCCUACAGACAUGAUGUGUUUGAUGCCGUUGUCUCAGUUGGGGUCAUCCACCAUUUCUCAUCAUAUGAGAGGCGAGUGCAGGCUUUGAAGGAAUUGACCAGAGUGCUCCGUCCUGGUGGAAGACUCUUGGUGUGUGUGUGGGCUUUCGAACAAAAACACAGAAAGUUUGAGUGCCAGGACGUUUUGAUUCCAUGGUGUAAGCCUCAACAAUCAGACUUGCAGAGAGUUCGAGGAUCAUGUUCAGACUUUGAAAGGUCAAGCACCAGCUCCAUAAGUGAUGAUGAUACAUCUUCCAUUAGCAGUUCCUUGUCCAUUGACAGCUUUCAAGAGUCAUCAUCAACAUCAUACAACAUGCUGCAGAAUGAUGAAGAAAACAAAAACCUCGUCCAGGAAUGCCGUAGGGUAGAGGCCUGCAUGAAAAAGCUGUCACUUAAACCACAGGAUUACCAAAAAGACGAACUGAAUCUAAACAGUGCGGUCAUAAGUAAUGGAUAUUCCAACAGACCAGAGUCCACUGCAAGCAGACCUAUAGGGUUGAUUACAAACCUGAAGUCUGUACAGACCAAUCAAGACGAUACAGUGCCCAUGACAACUUGGCAUACAAAAGUCACUCCAUGGAAUCAGCAGUCGUGUUAUGGAGAUGCUAAAACUGCACAUGAAGGUUCUAAUUGUUUAGCUGGACUUGUGACAACAGAAAGCUGUUUUCAACAGUGUUCAGAGUUUGACAACCGUAUGAUAACAGGCAGUGCCUUUAAUCAAGUGCCUGACAUCUUGCCUUGCAGAACAUUGUCUUCAGAAGUUGGAAGUCUUUGUGCUCAUGCUUCUAAACUGUCUCUGAAAUUGCAGACUGAAACCUUCCACACUUCAGUGUCUAGAGAUAAUGGUAAACACAACGAAAAUGUCAAAACAGGGGUGUUACAAAAACUUAAGGUGGCAUUUCAUAAUCUAUUCAGUUCACAUCAUCAUGCAAGAGACUCCAAAGAUUUCAGAGGCUUUGAUCAGAUCUCUGAUCAGGAUGUUGGUUAUAGCAACUUUCCGCAAGGUUUUCAGGUCAGAGAAUUUCCCCAGAGUAGCUUAGAGGUCAGAGAAUUUCCUCAGAGUAGCUUAGGAGUUGGUAGUAAAUGGCUUUCUGACAGUAAUGUUUUUGGUAGAAGACAUCAGGAGCCUUGUGGGCUAUCAAAAGAUCAUCGGUCAUCAUCACUGACAGCCAUUCAAUCUUGUAUUGACAAACAAGGGAACAAGGACUCCUGUAAACCAAUGUACACUAAUGGUUUCUCCAACGGAGACGGUAUUCUGUCACAAGGUGAAUACAAAACUGGCCAUCAAGAUGAACACAACUUAGUAUUCAAGAAAGAGAAUUCAUUUGACAAAGAUUUAGAUGAUGAUGUUUUUGAUGAUGCAUCUGCUGUCAAAAAUGGCAUCCACACUAACCACGAGCCAUCUUUUUCCCAUACAUCAAAUGAUGAAAUGCUAGAAAUGAAUCUGCCUUUUAAACUUGAAGAUGAGGAGAUGAAAAAUCUAGAUCAUCUAGAAGUGUCAUUCAUCAACUCUGAACUCAGUAGAUAUUAUCAUGUAUUCCGGGAAGGUGAACUGAAGCAAUUGGUUAGUGAAAACAUCAAAGACUUGGUUAUUGUAGACACAUAUUUUGAUCAUGCAAACUGGUGUCUUGUGGCCGAAAAAAUUAGUAGUGUCUAAAUUUGAUUGGUGCUUUUGCAGCUGAGGUUGUUCAGAUAUGAUGAUAAAGUGGGUGGGGUUAUGAGACAAAGGCAAUUGUUUACCAGUACAGUUUUCAAACUUCAGAAUGUUGAGGUUUAGCAUUGAAGAUAGUUAAAAACAGAUGAGCUGUGGAAUGUGUCUAAAAAAAAAAUAUUCAGACUAUAUUGUUGUUACUCAGUAUAAUAUUAAGCAUCCAUUAAAAGAUAUUCCAACUGAUUCAGCUCACUGCAGCCAACACCAAUAAAAUAUGAUGAAACAUUUUAAAGCCACUUGCCCUAAAUUCUAAAAUACAAACCUCUUCUGUUUUGCAUAAUUACAUUUUGACUUGCCAUACUACAAACACCAGGAUGACCAGAAUAAAUAUUGGACUUGCCAAAACUGAUAAUUUUUAAAGGGAUGUGAUUUUUCAGCUUUUUAUCCAAUUUCAGUUUGCAUAUUUCAGUAAAAUGAUUUUUAUAAAGUCGAAGUGGAAGUUCUGAUGAAAAAUGACCUUUAUUUAGAUUUAGUAUAGAUGUUUAAGAUUUUUAAAGAUCACUUUAGCUAUUAUUCUUCAGUGGUUAUCACAAUCCUGUUUUUAAAGCAAGAAGUUAUAAGUAUGGUUACGACAUCCCUGUUUUAAGGCAAGAAGUUAUAAGUAUGGUUACGACAUCCCUGUUUUAAGGCAAGAAGUUAUAAGUAUGGUUACGACAUCCGUUUUAAGGCAAGAAGUUAUAAGUAGUGUGCAAGUUAACACCAAUAAACAAAAAUAUUUUACAUUGUAUAAUAACUAGGGUUAGUAAUUUUAAGUAAUAUUGAGCAUAUGAAUAUUAAGGUUAAAGUUGAAUCUUUGUGUCAAGAACAGCAGUAUCAUUGGUAUAAACUCCAAGCAAAUUUAGUCACAGCCUUCCUUACCAAAGACUAGCCAAAGAUUAUUGAACACCAUUUCACAUAUCAAAGAUGGUUAAUUUAACAGUAUUCAUUUGGUUUCUAAUCUUGAUAUUAUCAAACCUUGUUCUAGUCAAUUUUGCCUAUUACAUUUUUAUUAUUUUUGAAUUGCAAAUGGCAUAUUGUAUGUAUUAUAUAAUGUUGUACUGUGCCUUGGUAUUCAUUGAGUGAUAAUUUGUAUUCAUGAACAUAUCAGCAUUAUGACUCUGCCCGUUUAUGGUGGACUCCAGUACCGCAGUACAGUAUUGCUUUUCAUACUGGUCCGGUCAGUAGUUCAAACCUGUAACUUCGGUUAUGUUAUAUUACCGUAUAUCACAUCAUUAUAGUAUGAGUAAUGGUAGAAUUAUAUUCCAGUGGUUUGCAUUACUUAAUUUUAACAAGGUGCUAAUCUUUUUUAAAUAUACUUUAUUGUUAUUUAGCAUUACACAGUUCAGUUUGUACCUAGUGGAGAUGUGUUGAAUCCACUAAUGUUUUGGGGUUGUUGCUUUGUUAAAUGUAUAUUAAAUGUGUUUGAAUGUUAAAACUUUUAUUGCAUUUUACUUUAUAUAUAUACACACAACACAGUACACAUUAUGUGGCAUUUGAAGGAAAAAUGCUAACUGAUAUUUUAAUUAUUAAAAUGAUAUUACUUUACUGAGAGGCAUAAAUAAUGCAAUGGGUAUUUUGCUGAUAUUUUCGAAUAGAAAUAGUAUGUCAUCUAUAUUAGGCAUGCAGACAAAUGACAUAUUGGCAACAGCUGCAACUGAAAGAAGAUAUUGUACAAAUCAGGGGGAAAUUGAAUAAAAUGUGUUUUCAAACAAAAAACGACACCAUGGGUUGGGUUGGGUUUUUUGCAAUACAACAACAUUCUUUCAAAGGUACAGUCCUGAGAUUGUUGCCAUUGUUAAGAUGUUGCGGACUACCACAGAUGUUUCAAGGACAAGAAAUUUCAGUUACAUUUUCCUGCAUAAAAUAUCAGUGUGUGUAUAUUUAAAUGUGUUUCUGACCAUCCCUGUAUUAUACUAGCUGAAACUUCAUUUCGUUUCCCAAUAAGUAGAUUUUUUUUAUACAUACGAAAUUGUUGGGAGACCAAAUCCAGUUUGGGCUACAUACAAAUAAUAGGACAUCAAGAAACACUGAAUACACAGACACCUAUAUUCUAAAGAAGAAACAAUAUUUAGUAUGUAAUUUUAGUCGUUUAAAAUAUUUUAUUAGUCAGAACAUCUUACAAUGGCAACAAACUCAGGAGACAUAGGUAAGCAAUGCACAUGCAAAAAGAUUUUCAUAUGCAAUGCUGUGUUUUUGCUAAAUUUCUGAUUUGAAAAAAAAAAUCCUCUUUCACUUACAUUUGCUACCAACAUGUUAUUUGUCGGUAUUCUUAAUAAAUAUGAUUUGACAUUUCUAUAAGAGAUCAUUCGGUGAAAUACCCAUUGCAUUAUUUAUGCCUCUCAGUAUAUAUAACUAUACAUCAUUAUUACUACUUGGUACUACUAAUCCAAGCUCAAAGGGCAAGACAUUAUAAUUGACCAAAAAAUUUAAUUGCAUAUAACAAUUUCAUUCACUUUUUUCUUGUUCAAUGUAUUUUAGAUGCCAUUACCCAUGUUGUAUUACUGUUAUGUCAUGGUGAUAGUAAUGUGGACCCUUUAGGGAACCUGAGCCCAUACAUGUCCUCUUGAGUUAUUACCAAGGUCUUUAGUUUUUAACUGCUGUCUAGACAUCUUUAACAUUUGAAAUCAUACGUCCUCUUUUGAGUCAUUAGCAAGGACUAAGUCUUUAACUGCCGUCUAGACAUCUUUAACAUUUGAAAUCAUAGAUGAUCUCUCCAAUCACCCGUAACAUUUUUUUAAACUUCAAUUUUAAUUUGGGAGAUGAUUUUGCACAGCUUAUUACCAAAUCCAUUAAAAACGAUUGUUCACUGCCAUUUAUCAAGAAGACUUUUUGUUACAUUUCCAAGAUUCUUAUUUACAAAUUGGAAAUGAUUCUUGAUUUACAUUUACUUGGCUUUUGAUAUAUAGUAUAUACAUGUGUGACAUUUGUGUUAUUUUAUUGUUACAUUUAUUGUGAGAUUGGGACAAACAUAUCAUUUGUGUAAUUUUUCUGAUGCAUAGAUGCAACUUACAGUGUAAGUUAAUAGAAAAAUUUCUUCCCAGGAAUCUGUCCAUAUUGUGACAUGUUGGUUAUGUUUUCUGAUGACUUUGCAGUUUUAUAACAAAAACAAUGUAUUGGACAAAGUCGGUUUAAAAUUUCUGUAACUGCCUUUAACUCCUGAAUUCUUUACUGGAUGGUUUAAUUUUUUAUUAGUGCUCACUCUAGUGUCAGGUCAAGGCCAUUUAAAACUUUGUUAAUGUUACUUUAAUUACUUAUAACAAAAUUCUUAAGUUAUUUGAAUGCUGGGAGGGUAGUUUUAGUUAAUAUUUUAAACGGUCACUCCUUUUUUUUUAAUGUCCAGAAUUUGUUAAAAAUCAUUUUACCGUCCAGUACACAACAUGCGAGCCAUCACAGCUUUGCCAUUCUAGGGAUUUUUUUUAAUAUAUAUUUUUUUAUUACAAUAAUGGUCUCAUCUUAUUGAAUCAAUAUACAUUUUGUAUUAUAAUUUGUUUUACAAAUAUUGUUUACACUGGUUUGAUAUUUAUUAGUUUCAUUUCUGUAUUGUGGUAUUUUGUUUUGUGGUAGGAAUAAUGAAAGAAUGACAAUAUGAAUUUGAAGAUUAUUAUUAUUCAAGCUUUUUUUUGGGGGGGGGGGUGUACAAAACUUAAUUGUUAAAACUUAACCCAGGAUUUAAAGCAGUUUUGAAAAAGAAAGCGGAUACAAAAUGUCAGGGAUUAUUAUUCAUUAUUCUGGUUUGCUAUUUUCUUUAAGGUUAGCUUUUUUCUCUCCCGCCUUUAAAAAGUAAAAAGGCAAGAGAUAUGUUUUAUUUUUCUGGCAGCGAUGGUGUAAAUGUUUGUGUUAAUAUAGGAAAUUCACCUUGCUAUUACAAGUUUGUAAUUUUGUAUUUUUAUCAUUAAUAUAUGUAUAAACAUAUCAAACUAUAUACACAUCUCCAGCAAGUCAAUGCAACUUAAUUUCAUGUUUUGGUGCUAGUACAGUAAUCAAAUUUAGCAUUCAUUAUCAUAAUAAGACUAAAUGACUGGUAGACCUACAACUGGCAUAACGAUUAUUUUUAUUGACUAGUCAGUAUUCAGUUUUAUAACAUUACGAUGUUCAGCCUACAAAUGGAAAUUUUUUAUCAAUUACAACUAUUAUUAAUUCAAAAGUAGCCAUUUUAUAACGGUGUAACUUAAUGCAGUAACUUGUAGUUGGUUAAUUGUUUAAAAACCUGGUCUAAAAAGACAAAUGGUCUACUGUAAUGUAAUGGUGUACUAUGGCAAGUGUGGAACAAUAUAUUUAAUGGAUAAAUCAAAUUCAUACAGACUUUCAUGAUGACCAUGAAAUAGAAAAUGGUCUCCUCCAGAUAUUGAAAUCAUGUACAAUAUAUUUGAUGUUAGUGUUAUUAAAUAUUUCACGAGGAGUAUAGAUUUGAAAUUUGUUGUGAUAUCCAGUGAAAGAAUGCAGAAAUUGCUUUACAGAACUUAAAGAAGAAAAAAAAGCUAUCUGGGCAGGGGUUAAUGGUCAAUGUUCAAAAGAAUUAGAACAAAGUGCUUAUUUAGGCAUCAUGAUUAAACAAGUGUUUCUGUGAUUGGCGCCAAUCAGAAAUGAUAAAACUUUAUUUAUAAAGAUGUCAUCUAGUAUAGUCAGCAUAUUAUGUAUUCUAAAACAUCCAUUAAGCACCUAUUUUACCUGCCCUGCUAAAUUGGUGGCAUUUUGAAGGUAACACAUUCCAACACAUUUUUAUUUGGAUCUUACUAUUUUUUACCAUUGAAGUGUGCCCUGUUUUCGGUCAUUUGUUUUCUUUUGUUUUUUAAAUUAUGACAAUGCAAGUGUCAAUGUCAUACCAUUUUGUGAAAUAAAAAAAAACUUAAAACAA